GAAAUCACACACCAAAAACAGUGAAUUAUAAACAUAUAUACAUUGGACAACAUUGUUUCAAUUUUUAUAGACUAAUACUACCAUGUAUUAGUGACAAAAAUUAAAGGGGAAACAGAUUUUUUAAUCCCAGUAUAAUUGUGUAUUUAGCAUAGUCUUCUCUAUUUAGGGGAUAAAAAGAAUGAACGAGUGAAUGAAGGACUAUACCAGGCAAGGAAAGACAAUUAGAAGAUCAUCAGUGCCAUUCAAAUAUGAAGUGGCUGCUCUGUUGCUCAUCAACAUGAUGGAAGACCCUGUGUCCCCUCACACUAAGGCAUCUAAUUCCCUCAUCUUCAUCAUGUCUGAUCAUACAGACAGCAGUAUUCUACCUGAGGAGGCCAGGAAGAAUAUUGACAAGUCCUUGAGAAAAGGGAAGUUGAUAGAAGUGGUUUCUGUUAUUAGGAAGACCAUGGAGAUAGCAUCCAGAACUAAAGUAAACAUUGCUGUGAUGGGGGACUCUGGCAAUGGUAUAUCAUCCUUUAUCAAUGCACUGAGAGACAUCGGACAUGAAGAGGAGAACUCGGCUCCUACUGGAGUAGUGAGGACCACUGAGACACAAGCCUGCUACACCUCCUCCCUCUUUCCCGAUGUGGUAUUAUGGGACAUACCUGGCAUGGGUGCUACUGCCCAAAGUAUAGAUAACUAUCUGGAUGGGUUGCAAUUCACCCAGUAUGACCUCUUCAUCAUCAUUGCAUCUGAGCAGUGCAGCAUGAAUCAUGUGAAGCUUGCAAAAAUCCUUGAAGGAAUGAGAAAGAAGUUCUAUGUUGUCUGGACCAAGUUGGACAGAGACAUCAGCACAAGUGUCCUUUCAGAGGUUCAGAUGCAGAUAAUCCGAGACAAUAUCCAGGAAAAUCUCCAGAAGGAGGGGGUGCAGAAUCCCCCCAUAUUCCUAGUAUCCAGCCUUGACCCAUUUUUGCAUGACUUCCCAAAGCUUAGAGAGACGUUGAAAACAGACCUCUCCAACAUCAGGUUCUCUGGUCUCAUAGAGACCCUUUCCCAAGUCUGUGAGGAGAUCAUUAAUGAUAGAGUGACCUCCCUGACAAGUGGAACAGCCACAGAGGGUUUCCAGGACAUUUCUGGCAUCCAGGAUCCUGAUAAUUUGGAGGAGGCUCUGAAAGCUUACCAGUCGCUCUUUGGUGUGGAUAAUGAAUCUCUUCAGCAGGUUGCUCAGAGUAUGGGAAAGCCAACUGCAGAGUACAUGGACAUCGUGAAGUCAGAGGUGCAGACUUACCAUCAAGAAGGAUGGACAUUGUCUUGGGUAUAUUAUACUACAGUUUUUUACUUCUUCACAGGUCUUAGCUACAUACCAUACUGUGGUGACUCUGUUGCCCACUACCUUAGAUACCUAAAAAAGAGACGCUUACUUGAGUCAGUUGCUGAGGAUACCAUGACCAUCUUGAGGAAAGUCCUGAAUGACUUCAUCAUUUGACAUGCUCAUGUCAAUAAGCUUAUUCUUGGAAGAAUGUUUGGACAUCUGAAGAACUCUCCUCACUGUGUACUCCUCCUGUACUCCUAAUAGAGCCAGCCCUUCCUCUCCUAUGGGCUCAAAGUUUGUCCAGGUUAAUGAACUGACUAGCCCAUUGUGUACAUCCCUCAGGAAAUAUCAUAAUGGGUUCUGCUCUUUAUCAUUUGCUUAAUUUUAUUAACUAAAUUAGCUGGGAUCCAGAACUAGGAGGCAUUUCUUUUUUUUUCUUAUUGCACAGUGUUACAGAUGUUUUACAUAUAUUCACCAUUUCUCUUUGUUUGAGGCCUCAUCAUUUUCCUAUGUUCUUUCCUUUCCAUUUCUCAUUCCCUGGCAUGGAAGGAAGAACGCCUCUUCAGGAAUGAUUAGGACUGUAUUUUUAUCCAUUCUCUGUAAAGCAUUGCUGGUAAAGCCAGGAUGCCAAAGCCAGUCUA